AUGGCAUCCAAGAAGUCCAAAAAUGAAGACCCUGCAUUCACGAACUUCACCAUUAAAGUAGACGUUGAAGGUUCAUGGACCAAGGCAGUGAAAAAGGUAUUGAACAGUGUUCAAGGGGUGACUAAUUUCAGAAUGGAGAACAACGGAAAGGUAAAUAUUUCGGGAUACAUCGAUCCAACCCUACUUCUAAAGUGUGGAGAAAGCAGGAAAAACAGCAGAGAUAGUACAUUGGCAAAUAUGGAGAAUGUUCAAGCAACUUGUUUGAAAAGACAGAAUCACCCUUGCCCUUGCCCCUGA